GGAGACUGAGCUGAAGGGACGAGAGAGGAGAAGACCCAUCACUUUUCACCCAUUUCCAUCCUCCCCUUCACCUCCUCUCCUCCGUUAGGGCUCCCCACCUCCAGCAUGGGUCCCGUUGCAUUUCCCUUUUCUGUCAUUCUAUUUGUUUUCCACUAUUACACUUAUUCUUAUAAAAAUAGCCAAUCCUCACUGAAAAGCAACCCCGUUCAGAAGACAGAAGAGGCAAAUCACAAGGGGGACUGAGCUGAAGGGACGAGAGAGGAGAACACCCAUCACUUUUUACCCAUUUCCAGCCUCCCCUUCACUUCUCCUCCCCCAUUAGGGUUCUCCACCUUCAGUAUGGGCCCCGGUGCUUCCCCUGGGGCCCGCCACGACGCCCUCCUCGCUGAGAUAAUGGCGCAGGAGGGGAAUAAUGUGGCGGACUUCCUCAACUCCAUCUUCGGCUUCCUCGCCCGCCACAGCCCAGAGGAAGUAUAUGGCGACAGCAGCGGUGGUGGCGGGCACAUAUCCGGUGAGCACCUCGUCAGCCAGUCCUUCUGUCGGUGGCGUCAACGGUACAGGGAUGAACACACAGCCAAAGAGGAGGAGCUGCGGCUGGCCAGGAUGAGGGCGUGCGAUGGUGUCCCGGCAGCUGUGGUCGAGGAGGAGGUUGUCAGCACCAAUACAGUAGAGACAGAUGGGGUGGAGGAGGCCAAUGAGAAGAUGCAGGCAAUAGAGGUGGAAGAAGGAAGCAGGUGGAAGGGAAACACUAAUAAACCCAGCUCAUCCACUGCUGCCCAGAGAAAGGGUGAGGGAGGCAGGUGUGGGGGCCUGGACACAACGAAUGGGGCGGCUCUGGAGGGCCUGGCGUGGACACAGGGCAUAGAUGACCUAGAAGUGCGGGUGGUGGUGCCCCCUGGGGUGUCCCGCGGCAAGCAGGUCAAAGUAACAGUGCGACAAACCAGCCUGGCAGUGGAGGUGCAGGGCGGGGCAGCAGGGGGCGCAGGGGCAGGGCCGGCCUGGCACACCCUGGUAGACGGCACCCUGCCACACCCCGUCCGGGCGGAGGAGUGCCUCUGGUCUCUGGCGCCGGCGGAAUAUGUCACGAUCAACCUCGAGAAGUGCGAGGAGCGGUGGUGGGACAGGCUGCUCACCCGCCACGCCCCCAUAGACCUGGCCGAGAUCAAUGCCGAGAGGGACUACGGGUCGCUGCCGGAGGAGGAGCGCAGCAAGAUACAGGAGCUGGUCUGGAACAAGUGGCAGGCAGACCAGGGCAGGCCAACGUCAGACCAGCUGCGCAUGGAGUCGGUGCUGCGGCAGGCGUGGACGGCGGAGGGGUCACCGUUCCUGGGGCAGCCCUUCGACCCUUCAGCCGUCAAUGUGGUGGGCGGCCAAGGCUUCGGGGCUGGCUGAGGGGGCGGGGCCGUGUCUGCUCUCUCUCUCUCUCUCUCUGUGUGUUGUCAAAGCUUCGUGGAAACAAAUAAAGGAUGCCAAAAAGUUGCGUCCGUCCCUGGCUGGCCACUGGACGCCGUGCUGGUGGUGCAUGGCGGGGCGUGUAUAUAUAUAUCCCUGCACAGCCCCUGUGUACGGCAGGUAACGAUGUAGGUCAAUGUGCGCAGGACUGUAUAAUGUACCGUGUAAAGUCUUUCUAUGAACCCAUGAAUGAAC